AUGUCCUGCUACAACCCCUGCCUGCCAUGCCAGCCCUGUGGCCCAACCCCUCUGGCCAACAGCUGCAAUGAGCCCUGUGUCAGGCAGUGCCAGAGCUCCACUGUUGCCAUUGAGCCUCCUGCUGUGAUUGUGACCCUGCCCGGACCCAUCCUCAGCUCCUUCCCACAGAACACCGUCGUGGGCUCCUCCACCUCUGCUGCUGUUGGCAGCAUCCUCAGCUGUGAUGGAGUGCCCAUCAACUCUGGCUGCUGUGACCUCUCUGGCAUUUCCAGCCGCUACUAUGGCAGAAGGUUAAGAUAAAGAUGCUCAAAAAGCCCCAAGGGGACACACCAAUGAACUCAGAACAUGGCACUGCACAGAAGAUCGAGACUUUUCAGAGUUGUUUCCCACAUAGCUGAGUGGCUU